UAUAGCGGAGUGUGCUUGUAAGAUGAGAAAUUAAGCUGGACCAUGGGUGCCACUGUCAUUUCCCCGACCUACCUCUCUGCUUAUCUUCUUCUUUUAUGCCUUGUCUGCUCUUUGAAGGAGGGGUAUGCCAAGGGACGAAGAGCAACUGUUGCAGAGAGUCACCACCUUGAGCACAGCCAUACCAUCCAAGUUAGCUCUCUUCUACCCUCCUCUAUUUGCAGCCCUGCAACCAAAGUAUUAGACAAAAAGUCAUCUUUACAAGUUGUCCACAAGCAUGGUCCAUGCUCUCAACUCUAUCAUCACGAUAAAGCAAAUAUCCCCACUCACGCCGAGAUCCUCCUCCAAGAUGUAGCCCGGGUCAAGUCCAUCCACUCAAAACUUGCCAAGAGCCUAGGCUCUACCAAAGUCGACCAGACUGAUGCAGCCAAUAUCCCUGCCAAGGAUGGCAGCGUGGUGGGGUCGGGCAAUUACGUAGUUACCGUGGGUCUGGGCACCCCGAAGAAAGAUUUAACUCUCAUAUUUGAUACUGGAAGUGACAUUACAUGGACACAAUGUCAGCCUUGUGUAGGAACUUGCUAUAAACAGCAAGAUCCUGUUUUUGCCCCAUCCUUGUCCUCAACAUAUUCCAACAUUUCAUGCAGCUCAACUACCUGCAAUUCACUGGCUUCUGCAACAGGUAACACACCUGGCUGUUCAUCAUCAGCUUGUGUCUACGGCAUUCAAUAUGGAGACUCAUCUUUCUCAGUUGGAAUCUUUGCUAAAGAAAAGCUCACCUUGACAUCAACUGAUGUGUUCGAUGACUUUCUAUUUGGUUGUGGCCAAAAUAAUCAAGGUCUUUUCGGAGGGGCAGCCGGAUUGAUAGGACUUGGCCGAGAUAAAUUAUCUUUACCUUCACAAACCGCCUCUAAAUACAAGAAAUACUUCUCCUACUGCUUGCCAUCAUCCGCCAGCUCAACCGGUUUCCUCAGUUUUGGCUACGGUGGCGUAUCGAAAUUCGUAAAAUUCACAACGUUGACCACUCUCUCCCAAGGUGCAUCCUUUUACGGAAUUGACAUUGUUGGAAUAAGCGUUGGUGGCAAAAAACUACCGAUAUCAGCCUCUGUUUUCACUGCUGGUGGCGCCAUCAUUGACUCUGGAACUGUCAUCACCCGACUACCACCGACGGCAUAUACAGCACUGAGCUCUGAAUUUAGGAAACUAAUGAGCCGAUAUCCAAAGGCACAACCACUUUCAAUCCUGGAUACAUGCUAUGACUUUACCAAGUUUUCUUCGGUUAGUGUACCUAAGAUAAGCAUCUUCUUCAGUGGGGGUGUUGAGGUUCCGAUUGCCGCAAAGGGAAUUUUGUAUGUUAAUGCUAUCUCGCAAGUGUGUCUAGCGUUUGCCGGUAACACUGACGACACAGAGGUAGGGAUCUUUGGGAAUACACAGCAAAAGACACUGCAAGUGGUAUACGAUGGUGUUGGAGGGAAGCUUGGGUUUGCUACAGGGGGAUGCACCUAAGUUUUUGAAGCUAAUUGAGAAGAAAAUCUUCGAGUUAGCUGUCAAAUCAAAGCAUAAUUCAUAUGAUAGCAAGAUUGGCACAAGACUGAAAUAAUCAAUACACCACUACUUCAUAUGUGGGAUUCUUCUCUGCUCUUUUCUACCCAUACAUCAUUUAAGAAAAUAAAAUGUUUGCUGCAAUUUAUGUACAGUGAUAUAAAGUUAUGGUUUCGUGUGAAGUUGUAACACCUUCAAAUAGUAAAACACGUAUCUCUUUCUUGAAUUAAAAAAAAUUAAUGGAUAAAUUGGCUCUCAAUCAUUUCAGUGAAAAA